CGGAUCCUAGUCGCGUCACACUCGGCCGGCCCAUAGCGCUAAUCUGGCCGCGAGUAUAUAAAACCGGCCUCGUCACUUCCUCGACAUCAGUUCUUCGCUCUCGCUAUUCCGAGGAAGUCGAGGAGCAUUGUCUAAUAGUUGAAGUUUUUAGUGAAACAUGGCCAAGUACACGGUUGCCCUUCUGCUCGCCCUCGUUGGCGCAGCUGUCGCUUUUCCUACCGUUGACGAAGAAUACAUCCGAGUAGCCCGUGAGGCAUCCGCAGACCCACACCACCACCAUCACCACGGUAGCUUCGAUGGCGGCUACGGAGGCUACGGUGGUCACCACGGCGGCGGUGGAUUCGGUGGACACCACGGCGGCGGAGGUUUCGGUGGACACCACGGCGGCGGUGGUUACUACCCCGGUGGUCAACAAGGCGGUGGUUACUACCCCGGUGGUGGCUUCGGUAACCAAGGAGGAUUCGGAGGAAGCAACGCUCAGGCCCAGGCGUCAGCUGGUUCCCUCGGCGGCGGUUUCGGCGGUGGCGGCUCCUUCGCCCAGGCCCAGGCCCAGGCUAGCUCUGGUGGCUUCGGCAAAAAAUAAAGGAGAGCAAUAAACUGGACUGACUCGUGAACGAUUUUCUUGGAUUCGAUUCUCGAAUUCAGAAAUGAUUCAUCGUUCUAAUUACGCUUACAAUAUAAAUAUAUACUUAGUUUUUUAAUUAUUGAAUAAAGUUAAUGAUAAGUAAAAACAACA